AUGAACAGAAAGGUAGGAACUGUUACAGUAUUAAAAAAAGACGAGAUGCACUCAGUGCAGCAGGAGAAUAUUAAGGCGUCCAUCUUCCUUUCCAAUCUAAUAAGGAGUUGCAUUGGUCCCAGGGCCAUGAUCAAAAUGGUUCUCACCAGGAUAGGAACCAUUGAGUUGACAAAUGACGGAAACAGCAUUCUCCGAGAAAUAGAAAUAUCGCACCCAGUGAUAAAGUCGCUAAUUGAGCUGUCCAGGACCCAGAAUGAAGAGGUGGGUGAUGGAACUACCUCUGUUGUGGUUCUGUCUGCUGAGAUACUUAAGAACAUGGAGAGCCUUCUUAAAGAGAACUACCACCCUGUCUUCCUGUGCAAUACGCUUAAAAAGAUACUUGACCUUCUUCUGUCUAAAAUGCGCAAGCAUGCAAUUGAAAUUAGAAACAAAGAAGAGAUGGUCAAGAAGAUUGUAAGCUGUGGCUUGGGAACUAAAAUAGCAAAGUACAUUGCAGAUUUGGACCUAGAAGGAAUUGCCUUGCAGAGUGUAAACAUGAUCCGGGAUAAGAACAACGAAGUUAACAUUAAGAAUAUACGAAUUGAGAAAGUGCCUGGAGGAAAACUUUCUGACAGUAUGGUGUUUGAUGGGGUUAUAGUGCAAAAGAGCCUUCUGGACUAUACAAUGCGCAGAAAGAUAGAAAACGCAAAGGUUCUUCUGAUUGACUUCCCGCUUGAGUACAGGAAGGGCGAAAACCAGAUGAACAUUGAAAUGCAUGAGAGCGAGGUGUUUGGAAGAGCUCUUGAGGUGGAGGAAGAACAGAUUGAAAAAAUGGUUGAGCUCUUGGCCAGCUGUAAGCCAGAUGUCAUUGCAUCCGAGAAGGGAGUCUCUGACCAUGCAAUUGCUCUCUUUAAGAAGCACGGCAUUUCAGGAAUUCGGAGAAUAAAGAAGUCUGAAAACCAAAGAAUUUCUCUUGCGACAGGAGCCCAGAUAAUAUCAAGGGCUGAAGAUGCAUCUGUACAGGUGCUUGGAGUGGCAGGCCUUUUCGAGGUAGAAAGGGUUGGAGAAGACGAGUAUUGCAAGUUCAUUAAGUGUAAGUCUCCCAAGGCCUGCACAGUUCUUCUUAGGGGCCCAUCCAGAGACAUCAUUAAUGAGCUAGAAAGGAAUCUGCAAGACGCGCUGGCUGUAGCCAGAAACGCGUACCUUUCCAAGUCUGUUGUACUUGGGGCAGGCUCAAUUGAAAUGACGCUUGCACAUGAGUUAGAGAUAACACAGGGCUUGACAGAGAAGGAAAAGAAGGUUUACAUGGCAGCUGUAGAGGCAUUGCGUGCAAUUCCUGCCUGUCUGAUUGCAAACAGUGGAAAUACAAAGCCACUUGUGAAACUCCUUGAGCUAAAGGCACUUCACAGCAAGAAAAAACACAACUAUGGAGUUGAUGGAAAUACUGGAGAAAUCAUACCAUCAGAGAUCUACGAAUCCAUCCUUGUGAAAGAGCAAAGCUUAAAGUCGGCAAUUGAAGGCGCAAUCAUUAUUCUGCGGGUUGAUGGGAUUGUAAAGCAGGAGUAG